AUGGAGUGUGGAAAGUGCUUCACUGUUAGUACUUCUCUCACUUCCCAUUACUGGAUCCAUACAGGGGAGAAGCCAUAUAAGUGCACAAAGUGUGGAAAAAGCUUCAGUGAAAAUUCGUCUCUUACUGUUCAUAAAAGGAUCCACACAGGAGAGAAGCCCUAUAAAUGCAUUGAAUGUGGAAAGAGCUUCCCUUCGAGCAGUGACCUUAGUUUCCAUAAAAAGAUCCACACAGGGGAAAAGCCACAUAAAUGCAUGGAGUGUGGAAAGAGCUUUACUAAGAACUGCCAACUUAUUUACCAUAGUAGGAUACAUACCGGGGAGAAGCCCUAUAAAUGCAUGGAAUGUGGAAAGAACUUUAUUCAGAGCAGCAGUCUUACUACCCAUAAAAGGAUCCACACAGGAGUAAAGCCUUAUAAAUGCAUCAAGUGUGGAAAGAGCUUCACUUCUAGUACUUCUCUUACUUCACAUUACUGGAUCCAUACAGGAGAGAAUACUUCUCUUACUUCCCAUUACUGGAUCCAUACAGGGGUAAAGCCAUAUAAGUGCACAAAGUGUGGAAAGAGCUUCUGUGAAAAUUCGUCUCUUACUAUCCACACAGGGGAAAAGCCACAUAAAUGCAUGGAGUGUGGAAGAAGCUUUACUAAGAACUGCCAACUUAUUUACCAUAGUAGGAUACAUACCGGGGAGAAGCCUUUUAAAUGCAUGGAAUGUGGAAAGAGUUUUUCUAUGAACAGUUAUCUUAAUAUCCAUAAAAGGAUCCACACAGGAGAGAAGCCUUAUAAGUGUAUGGUGUGUGGAAAAGGUUUUAACUCUCAUAAAAGGACCCACAAGGUGUAG